AUGCUGCGCAUGUUCUCGAAGCGUGAAAGCAACAACUCGAUUACGGUCUCGUCCAAGCAUCCAUCUCGAUCUGGCGUGUGCACUGACGAAGAGGACCCGACAACCGAGUUUCCAGCAUUGGUGCUGCAGCUCGCUGUUGCCGAAGAAAAGCUUAAAUGCGCGUCAGGUCUUUUGGUCAAGCAUUGCAACGCCCUUGCAGACCUCCUGCAAACCACCACGGACAUUCGCGCUCUCACGUCCAAGCAGUUUCCGUCGCGGGACAAUAUUGCCUUGGCCCGUGAGCAAACGUCAUUCCUCGACAACGUGGCCAAGUUUCGAUCCACGGCAAUUGCGCCACUGCAGGCUCUCUUGUCGUCGUUUCCACAGCUGAAGCAUCGCAUCGACCACCGGAAGAGUGCGCUGGGAACGUGGCGGCGCUACCAAAAGAAAGUCGACGAAAUGGCGGUCAAAGGUGACUCCAGUGCCCGCCUACACCGCAACCGACUGAAAUGCAUGGCUGCGCAAGAACGCUUCCAGCAGCUGGAUAAAGAUGUCCAGCGUGAAAUGAGGCACGUUUUGUCGCUCGACCUGGGCAUGCUCAUCGAUGCACCCAUGCUUCAGCUUGUAGAUGCCCAGCAAGCAUGGGCUGCUACGUUGCAAAGCUCAGCCGCCCAUUUGCGCAGCAUCAUCGCAUCCGCUCCACCGCCACCACCGUCCCCACCGCGAUCCCAUCAUACCGACCAAGACCCAAUUCCGACCAAGCUGUCUCGACAUGAAGACAAUAACAAGCAGCUGUCCAUCAAGCACCAGCACACGUCCAUGGGAGGCGAGGGAUCGGACGACCCAGCAGCCCUGAUUCCAAUCAAACUGCCGCUACGCAUGGGUUGCGCUGUCGCCGAGGACGACGUGAAUGUUCUGGACAAAUGUCGGUCGCUUCGCCCAAAAAAGCCGCACGCUCAAGGAACCCGCUCGUGGCACAUGCACCAGCACGCCAAACAAUCGCUGGCGCAGGGACUCGAUGUCCUUGACGCAGUCAAGCUCCCACCCGGAUUCGGCCGCGAGGAAUGGAUCGCUGUCCAUGCGCACGACUUUUUCAACGAAGUGUCCCUCUUGUAUGGGACCAUCUCGGAGCUGUGCACAGCCACAACGUGUCCCGAAAUGACCGCCGGUCCGUGCUACACGUACUUGUGGGCUGACGACCACGGCGGGUCGCCAGUCGCGUGCUCUGCGCCAGCAUACGUGGCCAAGCUGAUGGCGUGGAUCGACGCGCAGCUGAGCGACCCGACUGUGUUCCCGGACAGCGGGUAUGAAUCGAACAAGGCGUUUGCUGCCAUGUCGCGCAACAUGUUCAAACGGCUCUUUCGUGUGUAUGCGCACAUUUACCACAACCACGAGCCCGACUUUGCCACAUUGCAUGCCGAGAGCCAUCUCAAGUGCAGUUUCAAGCGGUUCGUGUCGUUUGUGCUUGAAUUUGACCUUGUCGAGGCCAAGGAACUGAAUGCGUUGCGGAAACUCAUCUGCGACCUUGUGCCAGGAAAGUUGUAA